AUGGCUUUAACAAUAAAGUCAGUGAACAUGAUGAUGCCAGUUGUUCAAAGAUUUGGCCCAGCUUGCUGCUUCAGCACAUCACAAACACUGCAAGAAAUCCGCCUCCUGGCAAGGAUGAGAAUUGUUGACAACAGUGCAAUUGGGAAAGCUGCUGCAGAAAUUGGGAAGCCACCAAGAGUUAUUCAUGUUUAUAAUGAUAAGAGGGUUGGUUUCCUUGGAGAUAAGGUUUUGGUCACAGUCAAGGGAGAAAUGAAACGUGCCUAUAUUGUUGGCCUUAGACAGAAACAGAAACCUAAUGUGCCUCGAAUGGACACCAACAACAUUGUCUUAGUGGAUGAUAAUGGAAAUCCUCUGGGCAACAGAAUUACAGUUCCUAUUCCAUCAGCUCUCAGAAGAAAAGGAGGAGACAUUACAAAAAUAUUAUCAUUGGCUACAAAGUUUGUGUAA